AUGCUGAGUCUUGUAGUAUACGAAUACCUCACAACACUCCACCAAGAAAUCAGUGUGGUAUGGGGCGGGAAGUUUACUAUCACCUCGACGCUGCUGCUCGCCACUCGGGGGACCAUGCUUCUUGGCCCGCUUCUUGAGGUUGUACCAUCGGAACAAGCAUGGUGCACCCUGUAUUUUCUAGUUCUUCUGGCUAUAAACAUCCUGGAUCUUCUCACAUUCUCCGACAGCAACUUUUACACUGGCACCUACGCAAAUAUUUUCAUCAAAUACAUGCCCCCUCUACUGGUGCAGCGCUUCAUCCUGAACCUCCGCCAGCUCAAUCGUACCGCCGGUGAAGAUAACUCGGAUGCACAGCAAUUCUCUCGCCUCUCCAUCAGCUUCAGGAUGUCUUCUGGUUUCCUCGGGAAUAUUGGAGAGCUUCUGGAGUACGGCCAAUCGGAGCAAGUUGAAGACAAUGGUGGCAACGACAGUUGCAUGGCAGAAGAGCCACGAGGCGGAUUCGAGGAGGGUUCCGUACACCAAGAAGGUCCGUCGUUGGCGUAUCGAGACGAACCAACGGAACCCGAAGCCGCUCCAGUGUUACGGCUUGCCGAGCAUGCCAGCAAGGAGGGCAUCGUCGAAUCGCCCGCUUACUCGCGCGGAAUGGUAGCUGGGCCGUCUACGGCCGCCCGUUAGGC